UACCCUUUCCCGCCGCUCCCAACAAGUACAAAAAGUUUUUCUUCGCUUCACCAUCUCUGUAAAAUCCCUUUAAACCGUCACAAAAUCGUUCUCUUCCUGUAAAUUCUGAAACCCUAACUUAUCUGUGUUCGUUGUCAAUGGCGAAACUUGAUCAGCUGACUCGGUACAUUGAGUCCUACGUCGACUCGUCUGCUACUUCCUCUCAGCAGUUUGCGAGUGUGGACGCAAUUGGGAAUCUUGUAAAGAAUAAUGCUUUAACUCUGGAAGCACUGGUUAGAGAGUUGGAGAUGUAUUUGACCACAACAGAUGACAUCAUUCGUGCAAGAGGAAUCCAUCUUCUAGCAGAGGUGCUUACGCGCAUUGAAUCAAAACCUCUUGACAAAGCAACUGUUCAUACCUUGAUAGCUUUCUUCAAGGAUAGAUUGGCAGAUUGGAGAGCGCUGCAAGGUGCCCUUGUCGGUUGUUUGGCUAUGAUAAGGAGAAAAAGCAAUGUGGGUAUGGUAACUGAUAGUGAUGCCAAAGCUGCUGCUCAAUCUUUUCUAGAGAAUAUCCAAGUUCAAUCUUUAAGACAGCAUGACAGAAAGCUUUGCUUUGAACUUCUUAAUGGCCUGCUGGAGCUAUACUCCGAUGCAGUUUCUUCAUUGGUAGUUUAUUUUCCCUGAACACUUACACUGUAACCCAAAAAAAAAAAAAAUCCAACAGUUGAUGCUU